AUGGCGCCGUCAAGUCCGCUACUCUCGCCGUCAGCCGCGGCGCUAUCGUUCCUGAACUCCCACUUUCAGCGGCUCGAAGAUCUCUCGCUCGCGCCGAAUCUCCUAGGCAAUCUCUCCUCGGAGAUUAACGACCUAUUUUCUCUCAAAGACGCGCUCUGUUCGUCUCUCGCCUCCUCGCUCCAACCCGCAGAUGACGACAACCGAACCAGAAGCUCCAGGCACGGCGAACCCGAGCCUGAUGCUCGUCCGGGAAUCGUUUCAUCCGUGGCUGCUCGCGCGCUCCAGUCCAUAGCAGCCACGUCAGAACGAAUAGAAGAAUGCCACGUGCGCGCCUCCGUGGCGGCCGCUGACGUGCAGCCGAUGGUGAAUCGGCUUGCCAGGCUGGCAGCUGAGGUGGCGAGAUGCGAGAGGGUUAGAGGAUACGUCGAGGUGGUGAUCGGUUUUGAGCGGCAAGUGGGAGAUGUGGAGGAGAAAGUGGGAAUGACAGUGGGACUAUGGAGGAAAGAAAUGGGCUCUGCUGCUUCCGCCUCUGCCUCUACCUCUGCCGCUGCUGCAGCCUCUUCUUCCGCCGCUACUAUUGCCAUUGCUGCUCCUGGCGCUGGUGCUGGUGGUGCUGGUGGUGCUGGUCCCGUUGUCACUGCUGCUGCUGCUGCUGCUGCUGCUGCUGCUGCUGCUUCCCCUGCUGCAAGUGCCGCCCCCGUCACUUCCAGGAAGCAACCGUUUUGGAACCCUAAGCUCCUUUCCUCCCUCCGCACGGCCUCGCACGCCGUCCUCACCGCAUCCAACCGCUCCGCGUCCACCUCGCGCCACCACCCGGCCUGGUCCCGCCUGCUGACAGCUGUCGAUCUGCGAUUGGACGCUGCGACUGCCGCCCUGCUAGGCCCUCUGAUGGAUUGCUACAGGGGUUGUCUCGCUGCUGCCAGCUGGCCCCCUCCCCUCAGGAAAGGAGGAGGAGGAGGAGGAGGAGGAGGAGGAGGAGGAGGAGGAGGAGGAGGAGGAGGAGGAGGAGGAGGAGGAGGAGGAGGAGGAGGAGGAAGAGGAGGAGGGGAAGAAGGAGCAGCAGCAGGUGCUCCCGCUAUUGCUGCAGGUUCGGCACUGGAUCGGCUUGCCGGACCUGGAGGUGAGCUUCGGGCUGAGUUCACGAGCCUGUUUUUGGCGCUAUGCUCCCUGCAGCACGCGCAGAAGGUGAGGCGAGAAGCAGAGCAGGUACGGAUUCGAAGCGAAAGCGAGGUAGCAUAUAUGGAGGAUGGAGAGGAGGAAGAGGAGCAGGAAGAGGAGGAGGAGGCAGACCUAGGGAAUAUCCGGAACCUUGAGAUUAUCCAAGUAGAGGAGCCAUUACUAUGGGGGAUGGAGGAGCUGGUUCAGCCAAUAGCGUCGCAGGCCCGGCCUCCUUUCGACCAAUGGGGAGCGAGCGGGCGGACGGAGUGGGCCUUUGCGCUGACCCUCCGUGUGGCGUUGACUGGCGUUGACUCGUUUGACCUGGCGCUACAGCCGCUGGUGGACGAGGAAGGGCUCACAGGGGUGAGUGUGCGGGAGGGCUGGGUUCGGGCUGUGGUCCGGAUGCUCCCGAUCCACUUCCUGCGCAGGUCCGUCGUGCCGAACCUGGCUGGGAAGCUUCUGGGAAACGCUGGAGUGGAUCCCACUGUGGGAGUCUUCGCGGAGCGACCUGAUUGGCUGCUGCUCUGGAUCAAAUUGGAGCACGCCAGCGCACGCAGGGGUGUGCUAGCUGUCAUGGGCAGGGACGCUUCCUGGAAGGUUCCUCGGGAUGGGGAGGAUGAGGCAAGCAUGGGGUUGCUGGAGUUGACUUCUACUGGCCUACUGCUGAAUGUGGUUGACCGUUCUGGAGCAACGGAAACGGCAGGAAAGGGAAUUGUUGAGUUCCGACCACCGCCCGUUGCCCUGCAGCUGAUUGAGAUUCUCCGGGCGGCUGUCUCCCGAUGCGGGCGGCUUUCCGGGACCACGGAGCAGAGGGCAGACGAGAUAGAAGCAGCAGGAGCCCUGGCGAGAGAUGGAGACCUGGAGGAUAUGGCUGGGUGUGCCAAUGCUGCGAGGUUUGUGGCUCAUGCCCUUGGGACGUGGCAGGAUGAAGGGUUCCUCCUCCACCGCCUCUCCGCCCUGCACUCCACGCUCGUCGCCAGGCUGGCGACAGCUGUCGCGCGCGGAUUAGUCUCCCGCAGUGCAGAGUAUCCCCGUGCCAUUGUGCGCGUCCAGGCCCCUCCUCUCUCCCUUCACUCCCCUCCCUCCCCUCCCACUCCCCCCUCUCCUCCCUCUCCUUCUGGCGAUGCACACACUCCCUCCCUCUCCUCUUCAUCCCUCGCCCUCUCCUCCUCUCUGGUUGAUGCGCUCACCUAUCUCCGCCUCCGAUUACUCUCCGCCCGCCACUCACUCGACGCGGCUCUCUUCUCCUCCUUCUGGCGCCACCUCGCUGCCUUCCUGGACCGGUACCUAGUGGAUAAGGUCGUGCUGGGACGAGAGGUGAGCGUAGGCAUGGGUGUGGGGGUGGGGGUGGGGGUGGGGGUGGGGGUGGGGGUGGGGGUGGGGGGUACAGAGGUGGCUGGAGGGGGAGGGGUUGGAGGAGGUGGAAGGGUGAGCGGAGGGCCAGGUGUUUUUUCAGAUGGGAUGGGGUCCCGGAGUAUGAAGAAUGUGAAGAAGAGUGCUGGUGGUGGGACAGGGCUUGUGUUGGGCAGCUUGAAGUUUUCGGAGCGGGCCGGACAGCAGUAUUCUUAUGACAUGCAGGUGGUGCUGUCUGUGUUUGAGAUCGCUACCCCCCGCCCGCUUAACUUCUUCAAAAAGACGAGAGACGCCGCCCGGCUGAUGGCCAUGACGGAUAGAGAUGCCAACGGGUUACUGUUCAUGCUGUCGCUGGUGAGUGGGUCUGGGGCGGCAUCGUCUUCAUCCUCGUUAUUAUCUUCUUCGUCAAAAGCACUGGCAUUGGCCAGUGCAGCUAUAGGGGCUGCUGGAGCAGCUGCUAUUGGUGCUGGUGGUAGGGAUACCGGUACUGGCAAGGAUUCAGGGGUUGAUAGCCCAGAAGCCAGAGUGCAGCAGCAGGAGCAGCAGCAGCAGGUGGAGGAGGAGGAGAGGCAACAGAGGGCGGCAGCGGCGUUGAGAAGGAGAGGGAUUUUGCAUUUACAGGCAGGGGAAGUGCAAGCUGUGCUAGAGAGACGUGCGCUGCCAAAAAGGUAG